UUGGAAACAAACGGUACAAACAUGGCAAAGCAAAGCAGAAUUAAUUUAUAAGUAUUUGCUCCGAAUGAACAAUCCGCGAGAUCAUCUGCAUUGCAGCAGAAAAGGCUGCACCUACACAACGAACAGAGCAUACAACUUGGAACGCCACGAACGGAACCAUGAUAAGGGAAAGGUGCCAAUAUCGCAGUGCCAGCCAUGUCCACAUUGCACAUAUGCCGCUGGAUCUCUGCACAACUUGAUGCGUCACAUAAGUAAGAAGCACACAGGAUCUGUCAAAACACAGCAACAAGUGAUAAUCACUCAACCAGCGGUACCAGCACAAACACCCGGAGAGAAACAGAAUGAGCAGAUACAGACACAGAAGUCCAUAUCAAAUGUGCCAAAUGUGCCACCAAGUCCCGAGCCAAAGCAGACUGUGAAACAGUCAGUGGACGGACCGGAAGUGGAUGCGUCGCUUUGGCUUUGGUCGACACCGCAGCAACAGGAAAAAAAUUUCAUCAAACGUAGUGGCCUCAAAGGCGAAUGCAAGAUAUUAGAGCGUAGCGUCAAUCUGUUCAAAUUAUACGCAUUGGUUCAAGCGCGUGGCGGAGCUCUUGAUGUGGACGAAUGGGAUGAUGUUGCAGCAGCGUUGAGUCUACCUCCAGGAUCUGGCUGCAAUGUUGGAGUGAAAUAUAUGGAGGUGUUGUUCGAAUUCGAGAAGAAAGAAGAAGAACGCUUACAAGAAUGCCAAAUUGUGCCGGGUGUGCCGCCUUGGUGGGACGACGGCGAUUUGAUCAGCGAUGAUAUGUGUUGUGCAUCUGAGGACAGAGUGUUAGGCCAUUGGUGGAAAGAUAUGAAUCGACCAUUUGUAAUUGUACAAAAUGCUAUUAUUAAAUUGAUUUACAAUAAGUAUUAUACUAAUCACUUAAGCAACAGCAAACCGUUUCAACGGUUCUGUGUAAAAGACUCUUGGCUGCGGGCCACAAUGUUGAAUUAUCAAGAGCUAAGAUAUCAACUACACCUAACAACUAGUUCUGCUUCGUGACUGUAUAAUUUUAUAAAUUGUAGCAUUAUUCUUAAUUUAUGUAAUAUAUAUUUGACUAGAUAUCAAAAAUACCGCCCUAGAGAAAUUAAAUUUAAUGUAGAUACAUUCAAAACAAAGUGAAGUUGGCGGCGUGCUUUAUUUUUAUGAGACACAAAUACCAAGUUCAUCGAGUAAGAUAUCGAUAUUUUGAAGUUUAUACGAAUAUUCGUUGUGUACUCAACACAAUUUAUAUUCACCAUGCUGAUACCAGCUCGAUAGCUUUCUACCAUCUCUGGAAUAUCGAAUUGUUGAAACGCGCACAACAUUGUGAAUUCUGUUUUAAAGCUGGAAGGUCGUAUGUGCGCAAAAAUCGGUGGGCUAAGUGAUUUUCAAAAGUAACUGAAAAUACAGAAAAGUUAAAAUUGGAAUUUGUUUAACUUUACAUGACAUCGAACUGUUUGUUAAAAUUAAAAUUAAUCUGUUUGCGUGCGUGUUAAAAGUCAGUUAAUUUUUGAGCAAAUUUGGGAAGCAGGACUGCGCAAAAAAGAAGCAUUUCGUGAUUGGCGGCUGGUCGUUUGAGUGUGUGCGUGUUUCUCUUUGGUGCCUGUGUGUGUGUGCGUAUGUGUAUGUAAGCGGCUGUGCGACGUGAGAGCAAAAGGAGAAUUCGCAAGAUAGAAGAGCCAAGAAGCGGCGUGUGAAUCACGAGCAAGUGAGAGCACAAACUGAAUCACAUCAGAAUUUAUUGUUGGCAUCUUUAGAAAGAUACAAAAAAAAG